AUGAGUCUGCGGACUGCGCUAAGAGAGAGGAAGGAAGCUCCUGCCGUGACCGGGCACAAAGAUUCGGGCAGAGGCCGAUCGAGAGACCUGCGGCACAUGAUGCAGCAUGCUGAACCUGGGGACCAUCGAGGGGUUGCCUGCUACCCGCACACCACAAAGCAACCCAGCAUCGCUACUCAAGUAGGCUGCCGAGGCUCAUACUGA